GACCUGAAGUUCAAGACAUUUUUGAAACCCUAGAAGACACUGGCAACGAUCUCGACACCGCAAUAGCAAAGUUAACGUCCUACUUCGAGCCACAAAAGAACAUUCCUUUCGAGCAUCACAAUUUUCGACAGACAACACAACUACAAGGAGAAACAAUCGAACAGUUAGCUAUCCGUUUAAAACACAAAGUAAAAUUCUGCGAACAUGGCAACCCCAACGAUAUGAUCCGUGACCAGAUUAUCGAACAUUGUUCGUCUAGUCGUUUGAGGCGACGAUUACUUCGCGAACCAGAACUUACUCUUGAGAAAACAGUCGAAAUCGGUCGUUCGUUCGAAGCAUCCGAACGGCAAGCCUCGCAAAUAGAAGCAGACAGCUUAAAAACCACCGACCUGGGCGUAAAUGCAAUCCGUUCUAAAGCUGCAUCAUCUCGUUAUCCAACAUCGAUACAAACAGGUCGUUCGAAUAUCGUUUGUUAUUGUUGUGGAAAUGCCGGUCACCGAGCUAAAGACCCUCGUUGUCCUGCCGAAGGAAUGUCCUGCAAUAAGUGUCACAAGCUUGGCCAUUUCGCUAGAGUAUGUCGUCAACUGAAACCGACAAACAAGCCUGAAUUUCAGAAUCCUACAUCGAAAAACAAGAAUGAAAUCUACAAGCAAAAUACCGGAAGUCAUGGCGAAAUACGGUAUGUAUACGGCGCUCCACAUCCGGCCACCGGGGAAAGUUCAUCGGACGAUGAGUAUGUUUUCGAACUUGGUGCCACCGGGAAAAUGCCCCAUGCAACCGUCCAAAUUGGGAACUUCCCAGUUGAUCUCAUCGUUGAUUCAGGCGCAACUGUUAAUGUACUUGACAAUGAAACAUUUGCAAAAAUUAAGGCAAACAGCCCGAUCACACUGUCCAAAACAAAUCUCAAAUUAUUUCCAUAUGGAUCAUCAACACCACUGAGUAUUCAAGGUUCGUUUACUGCACAGGUCUCCCAUAAAGAUUUAAUUACGAAUGCCAUUUUCAUCGUUGUUGCGAAUCAAAAUUCUGGUUCACUCUUGGGGCACAAAACUGCAACUGAUCUUGGGUUAUUUCAAGAACAUGAGAACUUCCAUCCAAUUCAGAACAUAUGUAAUGGAGACAACCUGUUCAUGCAAACACUUGUUACCAAGUAUCCGCAAGUUUUCAACGGCAUCGGAAAACUCAAAGAUUUGCAACUGCACCUACAUUUUGAUGAGUCGGUACCUCCAGUUGCCCAAGCACCACGUAGAAUUCCUUUCCACAUUCGCAAGGCCGUCCAGACAAAACUCGAUGAACUCGAAACACUUGGCAUCAUCGAACCAGUGAAGGGGCCUAGCCCCUGGGUCUCACCUCUUGUGGCAGUACCAAAGCCUAAUGGCGACAUUCGUGUCUGCGUCGACAUGCGUCAAGCAAAUUCUGCAAUAAUCCGUGAACGCCACCCUAUCCCUACUAUCGAAGAAACCCUCCAAGAGUUGCAAGGAGCCACAGUGUUCUCUAAACUAGAUUUACGAUCCGGCUACCACCAAAUUGAACUGCACCCUGAAUCUCGACCAAUUACCACCUUUGCAACCCAAAAGGGCUUAUACUAGUAUACGCGACUGAUGUUUGGUGUCUCCUCAGCACCCGAAGUUUACCAACACAUUAUUCAACAGAUCUUACAAGGUCUUCCUGGUGUGCGAAACAUAUCCGACGACAUCAUUGUUUUCGGUAAAACCAAAGACGAACACGAUCAAAACCUUAACAAUGUCAUCCAACGUCUACAAGAAUCGGGUCUCACCCUGAACAAGGAUAAGUGCCUUUUUGGUGUUAGCAACCUCACAUUUUUCGGUCACGAAGUGUCAGCAUCUGGGGUCAGUCCCGACACUAAGAAAGUUGAAGCUAUCCGUGAAGCAAGAGUACCCACCAAUGCAGCUGAAGUACGCAGUUUUUUGGGACUUGCCACCUACUGCUCGCGUUUCAUCCCGAAUUUUGCAACUGUUGCCGACCCUCUCCGUCUACUUACUCGGAAAAGCACUCCGUGGCAAUGGAAUUCCAUCCACCAAAACGCGUUCGACACCCUGAAGAAUCUUCUUACUGGCAAUACGGUUAUGGCCCACUACGAUCCCUCGGCUCCAACUCACCUCCGUGUUGAUGCCAGCCCUGUAGGGCUCGGAGCCAUGCUGACCCAAACCCAACAUGGAAUAACUAAGCCUAUUGCCUAUGCCAGUCGCACCCUAUCAAAUGUUGAACGUCGCUAUUCCCAAACCGAAAAAGAGGCUCUCGCUGUAGUUUGGGGAUGCGAGAAAUUCCACCUAUAUCUGUAUGGCACCGAGUUCACAAUAUAUACCGACCACAAACCAUUAGAAAUCAUAUACAACCCCAAACGCAAACCCCCCGCUCGAAUUGAACGCUGGGCCCUCAGAUUACAACCAUAUCAUUUCAAGAUCCAGUAUAUUCCUGGUGCCGAGAACCCUGCUGAUGUUCUAUCCCGGUUACCACUCCCACACCAACCACAUGUUGAACGGUCCAUUGCCGACGAAUAUGUCAACUACAUCGUUUCAAACAGCGUGCCAAAAGCCAUGACACUAGAACAAAUCGAGAAAGCAUCCCUCGCCGAUCCUAUACUGCAACGCAUCCAUACCUGCAUUACAUCCGGAACAUGGCCAAAAGAACCAGAUCUCAGACCAUACAUGCAAGUUAACAGCGAACUGUGUGUCCAAAAUGGCAUCAUCCUUCGUGGAACACGAAUCGUCAUUCCGUUUGACUUACAGAAACCUACAUUAGAGCUCGCCCAUCAAGGUCAUCAGGGCAUCGUGAAAACGAAGCAACUUCUCCGCCAAAAAGUUUGGUGGCCAGGAAUAGACAAAGAUGUUGAUAAAAUGAUCAGUCAAUGCCUUCCCUGCCAGGCUCAAGGGCCAAAAACCAAUCCCGAACCUCUCCACAUGUCGACGAUGCCAACUGAACCCUGGCAUACCCUCCAUAUUGACCUCUGUGGUCCUUUUCCCACCGGCGAAUCACUCCUAGUCUUAGUUGAUGCAUGUUCUCGUUGGCCCGCGGUCGAAAUAUUGAGUUCUACUACAGCCACUACCAUUAUCAAUCGUUUAGAGAACAUAUUUUCCCAGUUUGGUUACCCUGAAGAAAUGGUAUCAGACAACGGCCCUCAGUUUACUUCCCACGAGUUCAAAUCAUUCCUACACAGUUGUGGUAUUAAACACCGCCUUAUUACACCAUACUGGCCUGCUGCGAAUGCCACUGUUGAACGAUUCAACAAAACGUUAGGAAAAGCUGUCAAAGCUGCUCACGCGGAAGGUCGCAAUUGGAAACAAGAACUACCCAAAUUUUUGAUGAUGUAUAGAGCAACACCUCAUAUAUCUACUGGCAUCUCUCCCGCCGAGCUGUUUUUUGGUCGCAGAAUUAAAACAAAAUUGCCUCAUAUCCGUGUAGACCAGCCAAGUCCGACCCUAGAAGCUGCUUGUGAACAUGAUCACAACCACAAACAACGCACAAAAGAAUAUGCUGACAAGACCCAACAUGCCAUCUCGUCUACGAUAAAGGAGGGAGAUGUCGUGCUGUUAAAAGAACUAAAGAAAAACAAACUGUCCUCCUCGUAUGAUCCACAACCAUAUACUAUAAUCAAGAAGAAAGGACCAAGCGUAUUCUUAAAACGUGGAGACGAACCGUGCAUCAUGCGAAAUGUUUCGUUUGUCAGGAAAUUGCCGACACCGAACGAGAAAAGAUCAGAUCAAAAACGUUGUACUUCUCGAACAGGUGAACAACAUCAAACCAAGCCAACGGAGAGACGGCCUGUACGUGGACACAAGCUACCAGCACGGUUGAAAGACUUUGUCUUGGAUUAA